AUGUCCUCCCACAAGAAAAACAAUCUCCCAUACAUCCACCGCUAUAUCACCACCCACAGUUCCGAAGGCGAAGCAGUGUUUGUCUCCCAUGCACAGAUACCGAAUUACAUGCCAUCACAGCCAGCCGGCGAAGAUGGCGAGAUAGCACUUCUUUACGGUACCACAAGUGUCCCGACCGUUAUCGACGACGAAGCCGACAUAGCGAUGUACGACGAAUUUCUCCACACACCACCAGGACUUACAACAGAGUCGGGCACUAUGUUCAGGAUGAUCGAUCUUCUACCUGGUAAGAUUACUCCCAUGCACCGUACCGUCAGUAUUGACUACGGGGUGGUGGUGGAGGGGGAAGUCGAUUUGAUACUGGACUCUGGGGAAAGUCGUCAUCUCCGGCGGGGCGACGUGAGUGUACAGAGAGGCACGGCACAUUCAUUUCGGAAUCGAAGCGCGUCAGAGUGGUGCCGAAUGCUGUUUGUCUUCUUGCCAAUGCAGAAGAUCACAAUCAAGGGCAAGGAAAUGGGCGAAGAGGUAUAUGAUGAGCCUUAUGAGAAGCCGGGGGAUGAUUAA